AUCCCAUUACUAUUACUAAAACAUCGACCACACAUCCGAUCGUAGAGGUUACAACUGUACAUACAUACUCCAGCAAACCACCAUGGCGAUCCUGAACCCGAAGAAGAUGAAGGUAAAUGAGAUCAAGGACGAGCUGGCGAAGCGAGGGUUGAGCCAAGCUGGCCUCAAGCCUGAGCUCAUCCAGCGCCUCGAACUCGCGCUCGAUGAGGAGGAGUUUGGAGGCAUGGACGGCCCGGACUCGACUCCUGUCUCUGCCGCCGUGGAGGUCGAAAAAGUGGCCGCUCCCGCCCCGGUCGCGAAAAAAGCGGACUCUAUCCGAAAUCUCCUUAACGACGACUCUUCAUCUGUGCAAUCGCCCGUGGUUGCGGCGGUGUCUGCGCCAGUGAACGUCGCGGUGGUCGAGCCGUCGACGACGACGACUGCAACCAGUGCCUCCAAUGUAGCGCCGACUGAAGUGCCUGCGCCAGUCAUUGCUUCCGUCGUUGAUAACACCCCCAAGGCGAUCUCAGAGGAGGAAAAGAAGCGCCUUCGCGCCGAGAAAUUUGGCAUUCCGUUGUCGGAGGAACAGAAAAUCCUGGAACGUGCCAAGCGAUUCCAAUUGCCGAGUAUGAGGACUGAUGAUGACGAUGCUGCUGCGCCUUUGCUCACAGACAAAUCGGUGGUACAUGUAGACAAACACGCAGAUGACAGCAAGAAGCAGGACCGCGCCAAACGCUUUGGCCUUCCCGUGGCAGUGGACGCCGGCCAGCUAGAAGAAAAGAAAGCCGCGCGCGCGAAUCGAUUUGGACUCAAUGCCGAAGACGACAAGAAACUGAAACGGGCCAUGCGAUUCAAUAUGGAAACGUCCGAAACGAUCGACGCGAAGAAGAAGCAGCGCUCGGAGCGAUUUGGGCUGUCGACUUAGUAUUGUUAAUUCACAGCGACUACUCAUCCCUUGAAUGCCAUGUGGCUGGCUCACGCAAUGAAUGGCGCAUCGUCGAUUGUAUGAAGUCGAUGUGCGCAAAAGUGCCAAGACUUCUCCUUCAUCGAUCUUGACAGAACAGGCGGCGGCACGCUGCCGGGGCAAGAUCCGCGGUGAUGUGAUGUUGGUUCAUUCCUCGUAGCUCACGUGUAAUGUGCUUCCUAACGAGAACCUUGACAUGGAAGACUCUACAUCGCAUUCCUUGUCGUGAACCCCUCCAAUAUUUCCUUUCUUCGGUCGGGCUCCUUUCGGCACGACGGUUCGAUCGGCGUCCCUUGGUGAGCGGCGGUUGGGAUUUGUAU